UGUCAUUAUUAGACAACACAGAGGUCACAGAUUGGCCUACAAGAUCCUCAGAGACUCAGCCUGUGUGUUUCACCUCCGUCACUGUUCAGUCUUCAUUCACCCUCUCAACUAGACGCUGCGUACCUCCAUCUUUGGACUCAGGACACAGUUACCAUGGAAGGUGUUGCAAUAUUUGAUUCACCUGGAAAAGGGAGGGGGCUGAAGGCUACCAAAGAGAUGUGGGCUGGAGAUGUCAUUUUUUCUGACCCAUGUCUUGCAGCUGUUGUGUUUGACAGUCUAUCGGAUUGUAUUUGCCACAGCUGUUUCCGCAGACAAGAGAAGCUCCAGAGGUGUGGCCAAUGUAAAUUUGCUCAUUAUUGUGACCGAACCUGCCAGCGUGCCGGCUGGGCCGAACAUAAGCAAGAAUGUAGUGCCAUCAAAGCUUUUGGAAAGCCGCCCAAUGAGAACAUCCGUUUGGUGGCCCGUAUUAUGUGGCGUCUUGACAAGGAGGGCAGCGUGGUGUCUGACAUGCAGUUGACCACAGUGGAGGAGCUGGAGGAUCACAUAACUGACAUGCUCGAAGACGAGCUAAAGGAGUUCAAAGUGGACAUCCACAACUUUUUGGACUACUGGCCCCAUCAAAGCAAGCAGCACACAGUUGAUGACAUCUCACAUAUUUUUGGAGUGAUUAACUGCAAUGGCUUCACAGUGAGUGACCAGAGGGGUCUACAGGCAGUAGGAGUGGGACUUUUCCCAAAUCUGUGUCUGGUAAACCAUGACUGCUGGCCAAAUUGCACCGUCAUCCUCAACCAUGGCAAUCAAUCAGCUGUGAAUACUAUGUAUCAUUCUCAUCAGAGGAUUGAACUGCGUGCUUUGGGCAAAAUUGCAGAAGGAGAGGAGUUGACAGUCGCCUAUGUUGACUUUUUGAAUUUGUCAGAAGAGAGACAGCGACUGCUGAAAACACAAUACUUUUUUGAGUGCACGUGUGAGCACUGCACAAACCGCAUCAAAGAUGAUUUGAAGUUGGCAGGAAAGGAAGUGGACGGAGUCAAGCCUUCAGAAGAACAGGUGAAAGAGGCAACAGAUUAUUGCUUUCAAGUACUAGAGAAAAUGGAAAAAACUCGCUUAAGUGGUGACUACCAUGAGCUGGUAAAAAUCUGCAGGGAAUGCAUUGAGAAAACAGAACCUGUAUUGGCUGACACUCACAUCUACCUGCUGAGGAUUUGGAGCACAUUAAGUGAGGUGCAGGCUUACCUGCAACGUUUAGAAGAGGCAGCUGAGUAUGCCCGCAAAAUGGUUGAGGGAUACAUGAAACUUUACCACCCAAACAACGCUGCACUUGGUAUGGCUGCUAUGCGGGCAGGGGUGACACACUGGCAAGCGGGGCUAAUCGAGGUUGGUCAUGCGAUGAUCUGCAAGGCCUAUGCCAUUCUUCUGGUCACCCAUGGCCCAACACAUCCCAUUACCAAGGACUUGGAGGCGAUGCGCAUGCAAACAGAGAUGGAGCUAAGGAUGUUCAAGCAAAAUGAAUAUGUUUACCACAGCAUGAGAGAGGCGGCGUUGAAGAACAAACCGAUGAUGAUGAUGAAUGAACCAAAGUCUGUGGAGGACGGAAUCAAAAACCUCUUCCGUCGCAGAAAGUAGCCACAGGACUACAGCCAUCCAAGUGUAAAGAAAACCGUCUGUUCUGUAAAACAGGUUGUCUAAUUCUGUGUGAGUCACAUAAAUGUGAACAUUUUCUUUACUGCUUUUGUAGGUUCCACUUUGAAUUAAAAAUAUGUCACUUAAAAACAUGUGAUUUGCAUUUUCUGAUCAAGGUGUGGUACUGUUUGACAUUCAGUUAAUCCUUCAGGGAAGAAAAGCUUAAUGUUAAAUGGUGUUCCAGAAUGGUUGUAGGUCCUGUACAGGAUUUGAGGCACAGUGGUGUCAGUGCUUAUGUCUGGAUUUCAUAGCACAAAGCAGAUGAGAGUCCACAAUUCCCCAUGGAUCUGACAUUGAAGGUUACUCCCCCACAGGUUACAUCCCCCUGCCAAGGCCAGUAUCCAUUUACAGCAAGGUGUUCUGGGAGAGAUAAAUUGUCUUGUCUCAGGGCACAGGCAGUAGGACAUGGAAAAUCAAACCCACGUCUACAUAUUGGCAGAACAACUCCUUUCCACUGAGUUAACUGCUCUGCUCAAAACAUGGUGGGUUCAAGAGAAAACCAGUAUGUGAAUUUAAAUUAGAUUUCAUUUUCAAAGUGAUUCACAAAGCAUCUUGGCAUUAAAGGUUGCUCCUGCAUCUGUGAAAAAUUAGGUGGACCAUAUAACGUAUCCACUUAUUUGGGUAUUUUGAUGGUUCAAAGGAUUAAAAAAUAUCCAGGAGACCGUGAAGUCCUUUAGACAAAGAAAGAGUCAUUUUGACCAAAUAUGUAAAAAGUGGAACUAAGUUAGUCACUUGUAUGUAUUCAACCAAAAAUUUUUUUACGCUUUGAUGGGCCAUGGGGGCCUUGAAAAUCUUUGUUGCUAGUUGACAAUGAUUCAAAAAUCUAUAUGCAGAAUUACUAAAAAAAAAAAACAGUUGUUGCAGCAAUAAAUUGAGAUGGAUGCAAAAUGUCAAUUUGGUACUUUUGAGAGGCCCUGCGCUGCCCUUGGGGAUUCAGUCAGAAAGUUCAUAUUACCAUGAUCACACAGUCCUCCAGGUAUUGU